UUCCUUAUGAGAACACAUUUGGAUGUAAGAGAUGUCCAUAUUUUUCCGUUCCUCUGACGCAUGCAGCCUCCACAGAGAAGAGAAAUAUGUGGCCGUAUGCGUUACAUGUGAGGUCAGCGUUUGUGCGACAUGUAAGACCAGCAUACAUCGAGGUCACGAACAUAUGGACAAUGACCUAGCCUUGGUCGAUUACAAACAAAAACUUUUCAUCAGUGAGAAGGUGGCAGAAGAAAACCUGAAUAAGUACCAAGAAGAAAUACAAUUGCUGAAUCAACAAGAGCAGAUCUGUAACCUGAAAUCUGAUGGACUUCUGAUAUCCCUUCAAAACAGAGGGAAAGAAAUUAAAAAUGAGAUUGACAGAUUGGUUCAAGAGAUGUCUAAAGCCAUAAAAGAAUCCAAGAAAACCAAUAUGGACAAAAUAAACAAAGCCCAGAACAAAGCUAAGAAGCAACAAUCACAACUCGCGAGUUUUAUCAAACAGGCCAAAGCCGAGCUUCAAAAGAACAACGUCCACAACAUUCUUAGUCUCUACAACAACAUCAACGAUGCCGUGGACAGUCAUAAUAACAGCCGUGACCUGCAGGUUGAUACAGAGUACUACAAGUUCACAGCUGGGGAACUCAGAAAGGAGAAUAUUGAUGAAAUGUUUGGGAAACUGGAGAUGGACGGGAAGAAAUUAAGCCAGGAAAAUGUCUACGAAGAUGUAGAACCUGCCUGUGUGUGCACUCUAAAUCAGGUUCAAAGUAAUGUUGAAAACUUGAGUGAAUUCAAAGCUUCUGAAAAAGGCAUUACAAGCAUCUGUCCAUUUAAAGAAGACAGAGCGUUUUUAUGUGAUGAAAUGGGAAAAGAUCUCAAGCUUGUCAAAGAGACGGGGAGAGUACUAAGAUCUCUGACAGCCAACACAAAGAAAAGUGAUAUCGCCAUUACGUCUGAUGGAAUCGUCCUCAUAACGUGUCCCGAUUUAUUCUGCAUCAAAACAUUCUCCUCUGACGGAAUGAUUCGUAAGUUCAUUCUAACUGAAGAUUUACAUCCGCAUGGAAUCAGCGUCCAUUUUGACACAGAUUCUAUCGUUGUGGCAUUAGUGGACGCGUGGGAUUAUAAUGUGACAUCCUCAAGUAAAAGACUCCUCCGUAAAUAUUCCAGUGAAGGGGAGAUAAUUCAGACAAUAGAAGGCAUCAAUAAAACAAUCACAGGUGGAGUAAAACCACUGUUUGUCUCCCCUUACAAAGUCCGCAUCAGUCAGUACUCAGGAGAUAUCGGAGUGGUCAACUGGACGUCAUGGCAUCAGGGUAAUGUCCUCGUGUUCACUGACUAUGGAACUCUGAAAUUCACCUACCCUCCCAAAGUCAACAGUUCGUUUGAACCUCAGGACAUGACUUUCGAUUCUGAGAACCAAACUGUUGUGGCCGAUGCUGUUAGUAAACUUUUGAUUUUACUAAAUCCUGAAGGGGUACUGCUGCGGACAGUUUAUCAGUGUAAUCAUCAGCCCUCAUCUCUGGGCUACUUUGGGAAGGGAAAGUUGUGGGUGGGCCAAAGUGAUGGAACUGUAAAUGCUAUUAAAUAUUUGUGUACUUAAAUCUAGCACUAUUGAUAGUAAUACAAGUUUUAUAUAAAUAGUAUUGUUAUGUUUACAAAGACCAUAAUGUUUU